UGAAAAACAAAGCAAGGCUUAUUGGGAUGAUAUUACAAUGGAUGCUUUUAUCAAAGUUUGUGUGACUGAGACUUUGGCUGGAAAUAGACCAAAUAGUCACUUUAACAAGUUGGGAUGGAAAAAUGUGAUAAAAGCCUUCAACAAUUUGACUGGAAGAAACUAUCAAUAUAGGCAACUUAAGAAUAAAUGGAGUUAUCUUAAAAAGGAUUGGCAACUUUGGAAUACCUUGAUUGGGAAAGAGACUGGCCUUGGGUGGGAUCCUAUGAGACAAACCAUCAAUGCAAGCAAUGAAUGGUGGGAUAAGAAAUUGAAGGAGAAUCCUGAAGCAAUAAAGUUUAAAACAAAAGGCUUGAAAAAUGUUGAGCAAUUAGACAUACUUUUCAAAGAUAUUAUUGCUACUGGUGAAGGAGCCUGGGCACCAUCACAAGGCUUUGUAGGACAAGAGGUUGAUGAUUCAUCUAAGGUGGGGGAACACGAAGAUAAUAUAAUAGAAGACCAAGAUGACUCUAGUUUCAAUCCGCCACUUGAUACUAUCUUCAAUGGUUUUGAAGCUACUACUCAACCUUCUAUGGCAAAAAAGAAUUAA